UCCUACCGCCGCUUUCUCUCUCGGAACACAAAGUGCGCGUUCCAAUAUUAGUGAUUUCAGUGUUGUCAAAGCGCCAAAGCCGCCAAACUUGAUUGUCAUGGCAUCAGAAAGAUACAGUUUUUCAUUAACAACAUUCAGUCCUUCGGGCAAGCUGGUGCAGAUUGAGUAUGCUCUCGCAGCAGUUGCAGCUGGUGCUCCCAGCGUUGGCAUCAAGGCUUCCAAUGGCAUUGUCCUUGCUACGGAAAACAAACACAAAUCUAUUCUCUACGAAGAACACAGCGUGAACAAAGUGGAAAUGAUAACGAAGCACAUUGGAAUGGUUUAUAGCGGGAUGGGCCCAGACUAUCGACUGCUAGUUAAACAGGCCCGUAAAAUGGCCCAACAGUAUCUUCUGAUUUACCAGGAACCUAUACCAACUGCUCAACUUGUGCAACGAGUUGCCAUGCUCAUGCAGGAGUACACUCAAUCCGGCGGUGUUCGUCCGUUUGGCGUAUCUCUCCUGAUCUGCGGUUGGGACAACGGCAAGCCGCAUCUCUUUCAAUGUGAUCCAUCUGGUGCUUAUUUUGCAUGGAAAGCUACCGCAAUGGGAAAAAAUUUUGUAAACGGCAAGACAUUUUUGGAAAAGAGGUACAGCGAAGAUUUGGAACUCGAUGAUGCCGUUCACACAGCAAUCCUCACACUGAUAGAAGGUUUUGAGGGUCAAAUGACAGCGGAUAACAUAGAAGUUGGAAUAUGCGAUGAGAAUGGUUUCAGACGGCUCGACCCCUCAAACGUCAAAGACUACCUGGCGAACAUUCCGCAAUAACAUGUAGUUGAAUCUUGAUUGUUUAUGAAAUAAAUAUAAUGAAAAGUGUUUACCAAAAA